AUGGCUACCGAAAAAUCAGUUUUACCUGGCAACUUUUCGGCCGGUCCUAAGGGCUUAGGUGACCCUGAAGACAGGUCGCUCAGAAAAGUGGAAGUAGAAGUUAUGAUACCAAAGCUCAUGAGAGAAAAAGCAAAGAAGGAAAAAUGUGCCCCUGAAGUGCAUGAAUUCGAACAAUGUUGUAAAGAUUCUUCUUUAAUGAUGGUCUUAUCUUGUAGGAAGCAAAACUCAGCACUCAAAGAUUGUCUGACUAGUUGGUAUCAAAAUGAAGAGUUCAGAAAUACGUGCACAGAAGAAUACUUGAAAGAAAGAAGUGAAUAUAGAAAAACUGGAAUAAAGAAACCAAUUAAAAGAGCAUAAUUAAAUAUAGUCUGACAAGGGUCUUUUUAAAUAGUAAUUGCUUCGGACAGAGAUGGAGAGUAGACCCCAGGAGUGUACUUUCUAAAAGAUUAGAGUUUUUUGGCAGAUUCUGUAUAGAAAAACUUUGAUGAUAAAUUAAAUACAACCUUCGUUUUAUAUUUGAGCAAGAUUGUACUAUGUCAAUUGUUCCUAUGAUUAUGACAUGCAAGUAUGACCACCAAUAAGCUGCC